UUCUACUGUUGAUAUCAGACCAGCACAUAGUGUGUAUAUGUCAAAGCAUUAAACAUGUCGAGAAGAAGUUCAAUUUACACGUACUGCAGAAUUGCGCCCUCUGUAACAUCGAAUCACGAACUUUUGGCAACAGCUCCUCGCCGGCGUCAGACGGAGAGAAAUAAACCUUUGGAAUAUGAGAUAAGCCCAGUAGCUGGGAAACGACAGAAUCGCAAAUCCAUACUAAUCCGUAAGACCGACGGAGUAGAAUCCCGUUUUGCUUUCAAUGAAAUAUUCGAACAAGGGGAAUCCCAGGAAAAAGUGUUCACGGUCAUAGGUAAAUCUGUUAUAGAAAAUGCUAUUAGUGGAUACAAUAGUACUGUUCUUGCUUACGGACAGACUGCAACAGGCAAAACCUAUACAAUGGCGGGUGAUGGGUAUGCGAAUGGUGAAAGUGAAACCGAUGCAAAAGGUCUUAUACCCAGAGGACUUGAAUAUAUUUGGAGCGAAUUGAAAUCCUGCGGCUUGCGCUUCAGUAUCAAGAUUUCGUGCAUGGAAAUUUACAGAGAAAAAGCAUACGAUCUGUUAGACGUACAAACUCAUGGGAUCGACAAAAAAACUUUUGCUACGAAGAAAGAGGUAAAUUGCAGAAUGAAUCGAAACGAAGUGCGGAUGCAAAAUCUUGCUGUAAGACAGGUAAAGUCACUCGAAGAAGCGAUGGAAACAUUUCUAGAGGGAAGCAAUAACAGGGCAGUGUCGGAAACAUAUGUUAACAAUGCGUCUUCGAGGUCACACUUCGUACUCACGGUUUACAUACAAAAGGAACUCGACACCGGAGUCAUUAAAUCCAAAUUGAACUUUGUUGACUUGGCUGGAUCAGAAAGAUUAGGGAAAGGUAGACUCAAAAAUAAAGCUGCUGAAGAGGAAGCGAAAGAUAAUAAUCGUUCGCUUCUUUUCCUUCGGGAAGUUAUCGAGGCUACUGCAAUAUCCUCAGUGUUUAAACCACAAAUCUUUCGCAACACAUUGUUGACUAAAAUACUGCGCGACAGCUUCACUGGCAAAUGUGUUACUAGUUUAAUAGCGACGAUUAGUUCGGAUGAUGAAAACAUUGAAGAAACAAUUUCGACUUGUCAAUUUGCACAAAGUGCGUGCAAAAUUAAGGUAAAACCUAAUCGUAAUCAAACCGAUGACUUGAAAAAGGUAAACUUAAAACUUCAAGAAGACAAUGAUCGACUUAGCGCACGCAUAAGUGAGUUGGAGGCAAAAGUAGAAGAGCCAGAAUUAACCAGUGAAAGGGAAAACAAUUUAAAACAGCGUGUGUUCGAAUUUUUCACAAACAAUGACCCAAACGCAAAACUCGAGGUCGAAGAUGUCAAAGAACAUUUAAAUUACUGUUUCCAAGAACUCAAAAUACUUGGAAAAGAUGAUCGAAAAUAGAUAUAAUAUCCAAAUUCCAUUGUUAUUUUUUCACUCGAACCUAAUAUCUCGAUCGAAAAUGCUGUAUCAUGUAUAUCAUUUUGUCCUUUCAAGAUGUUAUUUUACUUCAAUUUCAGCAAAAAUUGCCAAAGAAUUUAUAUAUAUAUAUUAUUACCGGGUUUAAAAAUGUUUGUAACGCUUCUCAAACCGAAAAGUGAUUAUUAAAAUCAAUAGCAAUAGCUUCUACCUUGCCUAAUAAUCCGGCCCUGACUAUAUCGGACCAGUUUGUACGCUUUAGCGUGUUUUACCGUUAUGCAUCGGCUAUGGUUAUUCAGCUUUAUCAUUAUGCAUAUACCUAUGUUAAGUCGUUUUAUAUUGCAAAAGUUUGCUUCAGAAUAAAAUCGUUUUAAAAUAAUUUUAUAAAACUGUCAUUUCUCUAAUUUUAUAAUGAGGUUAAUGAAUAUUAUCCCAAAUAUUGACAGUUUGGAAGGUUGAAAAACCUAAUUCAGAUGAACUGAACAAUUAUACCGUAAUAAUGCCUUUAUUUUUGAAAAAAAACAGAAAAUACCCAUAUAAAGCUAUACUGAUUUAUAUAAGGAACGACGAAUAUAA